GAGGCCUGGACUCACUCUUCAGCAUCUGGUGAGAGAGACAGUGAGAGACUGAUCCUCGGAAGGAGCUGUUCUAUUGCCGGACUUCACAAACAUUUACAGAGCGAAUCUGGGAUCUGACUCUGCCAGGCACAGGGAGGGGUAUUGGUGCUGCUGCCUGGUUUCGGGAUUGGCUCCACCAUGUCCGAUCUUGUGGACGCGUUCGAUGCCCUGGCACUGGGCCAACAGAGCGUGGAAGUGCCACCCCAGUACCCGGGUGACCCAGCCUGUCGAGGGGAGGGUCUGGAGCUGCGUAGUGGUCUGGACUGUUGGGCCUGUGCUGUUCUGCUCACUGCCCACAACAUCCUGGUCACUCUCCUCAACAUCCUGCUCAUCACCACCGUCUUUGGAACCAUCCUGCUGCCAGCCUCCAUCAUGGUCACCUUCGGGCUACUCUGCCACUCACAGGUUCUGAAUUCCCAGGCUAGUCACUGCACGGAGAUUCUGAGCGAUAACAGUUCUACAGCACUGAUGGUGGUAGGCUUUGUGUUGGUGACACCAUUAGCAGUCCUGGCUCUGGCUGCUUAUUGUCGGCUCGCACGGCACCUGCAGCUCGGCCUCUGCUUUAUCCCGUACAGCAAGGCUGUGUACCGGAACCUUCCAGCCUCCCGCUACCGCUGGACAGGGAUCUGCUGCCUCAGGAAAGGCGAGGCUUCAGCAAAAGUCUGGGUCUAGUGCUGUCUGCGGCCAGUGUGACGGGCCAGAGCAAGU